GCACAGAACCCAUUGUGGUGUGUUGAGGGGGAGUGAGCAGCUAUCUGAGAGAAGGGGGGAAAAAAGAAGCGAACUGUGGGACCAUAGAGCGGACUAUUGAUAAGCAGGCAGAAAUGGGCGUACAUAUACGACACGUCCGCUUCCGUCCCCUGUGAAGAGAGAGACCUUUCGGUCCAGUCGGGGGGGCGAAAAAAGCUCCGGAAAAUGAAGAGUUAAGAGCCCCCACAAAGCCAAGUGUUUAUGCCAGCAGCAGCUAGCAGGCUAGCUCUUCGGCUAGAUGUGUGUAACGGAGCUGGAAACUGGAAGUCCGUGUGGAGUCGUCGAGCUCAGGAGAAGCGGCUUUUCGGUGAAGAGAUAAAGACUGGCUGAGAUUAUUAUUAUUUUGUUUAAUUUAAAGCACCUUUCUCUCGGCUCGAAAGUAGGCGCAACUUUAAACGACAUGAUACCAGCUGAGCUCUGACCAUUGAACUAACUACUUCUCCAUCAGGAACCACUUCAAAGUGUGAUUAAAUAGGAAGUGGGGCAGCUCUGAUCAAAGAACUGCUGGCUCAAGUGGGCUCUCAAACUCCAGGAAGAGAGAAGAUGACUCCCUCACCGCAGCCAGAGACCGGCAGUGGGCAGCUAUGUCAACCUUGUCCCCUCCUGCAGCUCUACAACUUUCCUCUUUGCACCAUGAAACGCAUUCAUUAAGGGUUAUUCCCUGACAUUCAAUCUGGUACCCUUCCUAUUCCCCAUCCCUUAGUACCCCACCUUCCCUUCCCAUUCCCAACAUGCUGCGGUUUCUGCCUCUCAAACUGGGCCGACUGUACCGCUGUUUGAAGCUGCUGUUAGUGCUGGGCUUGUCUGUUAUCUUGCUGAUGAACACCCACAACCUGUUUGCCUCCUUCCAAAAGAAUGAGCUGACUGACAGACGGUUCAUUAACCUUAACAAGUGUCCUGCCUGCUUUGGCACCAGCUGGUGCCGCAAGUUCAUGAACGGUCAGGUUUCCUUUGAGACCUGGGGUCGUCUGAGGUUUCUUGACGUCUUCAACGUUAAGAACGUUUUCUUUGCGCAGUACGGAGAGCCCAGGGAAGGCACGCGACGUGUGGUGCUCAAGCGGCUCGGCUCCAACCAGGAGCUGGCCGAAAUUGACCAGAAAAUCUGCAAGAGAGCCACAGGCAGACCUCGUUGUGACCUCAUCCAGGCCAUGUACAAGACAGAGUUUGCCCGGAUCAACGGAGACGUUCGUUUGCUCACUCCAGGUGUGGUGGAGGGCUGGUCGGACCUGGUGCACUGCCCUUCACAGAGAUUGCUGGACCGUGUGGUGCGAAGAUAUGCUGAAACUAAAGACUCAGGCAGCUUCCUUCUAAAGAACUUGAAGGACACAGAGAGAAUGCAGCUGUUGAUGACUUUGGCAUUCAACCCAGAACCUCUUGUACUGCAGAGCUUUCCAUCGGAUGAAGGGUGGCCGUUCGCCAAGUACCUGGGAGCGUGUGGGCGCAUGGUAGCUGUCAACUACGUGGGCGAGGAGCUGUGGAGCUUCUACAAUGCACCAUGGGAGAAGAGGGUUGACCUGGCGCGGCAGCUGAUGGACAUUGCAGAGCAGCUCACCAACAAUGACUUUGACUUUGCCCUCUACCUGCUGGAUGUCAGCUUUGAUAACUUUGCAGUCGGCCCCCGGGACGGAAAAGUCAUCAUUGUUGACGCCGAAAAUGUCCUGGUUGCAGACAAAAGACAGAUAAAGCAAGACAAGCCGGAGAACUACGACGUGUGGUAUGAGAGCCGCUUCGAGGAGUGCGACAGGGAGGCCUGCCUUUCUUUCUCCAAGGAGGCCCUCUGUUCCCGGGUCACUGUGGACCACAACUACUAUGCCGUGUGUCAGAACCUGCUGUCGCAGUACGCCACGUGGCGGGGAACCACCGGAGGCCUCCUUCACAACCCGCCUGCUCACAUAGCCAAAGAUGGACAACUCGAGGCUUUGUUGGACGAGUGCACCAAACCCAAAAAGCGAUACGGCCGCUUCCAGGCGGCAAAGGAAUUGCGCGAAUACCUCACACGGUUAGCUGCUGCCUCCUCCUCUGCCAUGGCAAGGUAAUGCAUGGGGUCGGCGUUAGCCUGAUGAUUUGAGACAUAAUUUUGUACUCUCUAUCUGGACUCUUGACCUGUUGUUCCUUGUUCAUGAUGUCAUUUGCUCCUUUGCGCUUUGGAGCAGGAAGAAAGUGUUGAAAUCAAACCCUGUUAAAGCCCCAGCUUUUACCUUGACUUUUCUCCUUUGUAUGAAAGGAGUGUGGCGCUGCAAAAAAAAAAAAAAAAA